AUGACUGCUGUAAUGUGGUGAAAUCAGGAAAGCCUACCAAUUUAUUAAUGGAAGAAGAAUUUGGUGUCGUUGAUUCUUAUUCUGAACAAGGCGCACACUAUAGUGAGACUCGCCUAGAGUUGAUAGAAAACGAAUUAGUUGGGAAACCUGAACAUGAGCCCGAAGAACUGAACAGAGAACUGGAAGAAAUGAGGGCCACUUAUGGGACUGAAGGAUUGCAUCAGUUACAGGCUAGUGAAACUCUACGAAACAGCACUCACAGUAACACAGCUGCAGAUUUACUGCAAGCCAAACAACAGAUUCUCACUCAUCAACAACAGCUUGAAGAAAAAGACCAUCUAUUAGAAGAUUAUCAAAAAAAGAAAGAAGACUUCAAAAUGCAAAUUAAUUUCUUACAGGAGAAAAUUAAAGUAUAUGAAAUGGUAUGUGUAUCUUAAGGAAGUCAACCUACUUGUAGCAGC